CGUGAAUAUCUGGCACUCGGGAUACGGGAGUUGAUUCUUGUUAUAUGGAUGGCUAUUUGUAGAACAGUUAAUGGUGCGGGUAGAGAGCGUCAGUCUGUAAGAAGCAACAUGUCAUGGGAUUGAUUCUGCCGAGUGAUAAUUAUCGAUAAUAGGGUGUGGCUGCAAUAGACAGGGAUGACUGACGGUGGCCCCAAGCUGAAUGGGCCUGCCAGCCCAGUGGGGAGAUUUAUAGACACUGUUGACCCGGACGACCCUGAGUACCAGCGCCAGAUGCGGCGCCCCCCAGAUGUGAAGGAGGACCUGAACCAAAUGGAGAACCGGAGCCGUGUGUCGCUCGUGUUGAACAGUGAGGCGUUCCGCGAGGAGCUCGAGCAGAUCGUCGAGGAGCAGCUCAAGUCCGGCUCACACCCUGCCAGUCUGAUCGCCCUGCAGCAGAUCUCCGACCUGCUCCUGCCCCACACCAGGGUCAGCAUGGGUUCCAUCGGACACGGUUCUUCUCCAGUCAUUCCAAUAAACGACAUCCGUGGGGUGGAGUCUCUAAAUUACAACAAGGCCGAGAAGAACCUUCGGUGCAAGCUGGCUUCGCUAUACCGGCUUAUUGACAUCUUCGGAUGGACACACAGCAUCUACAACCACAUCAGUGUCCGUGUCAGUCAGGAUAGUGAGCACUUUCUGUUGAACCCUUUUGGUCUGCUGUAUUCCGAAGUGACUGCGUCGUCUCUCGUCAACGUGGACAUGCGCGGCGAGAUUGUCGACCCGGGCUCCACGACGUUUGGUAUUAACAAGGCUGGAUUCACGUUACACUCGGCAAUCCACCAGGCUCGACCAGAUAUCAAAUGUGUCAUCCACUUACACACACCUGCAGCUAUAGCAGUUUCUACGAUGAAAUGUGGAUUAUUGCCUUUGUCGCAAGAAUCUCUGAUUUGUGGAGAUGUCAGUUACCAUGACUACAAUGGCAUUCUUGUAGACCAAGAUGAGAGAGACAAGCUUGGUCGCAGUCUCGGACCGUUCAAUAAGGUGAUGCUGCUACGAAAUCACGGAGUUGUUGCGUGUGGAGAGCGGAUAGAGGAGGCGUUCCACUAUGCAUUUAACGUAAUGAACGCUUGUGAAGCACAGAUCAAAGUUAUCUCUGCUGGAAUCGACAACUUGAUCCUUGUUGAUGAUGAAACAAGGAAAAAGACAUUUGUAACUGCCAGUCAGGGUGGAGGGGGCGUGUCUGCCAACAAGAAAUGGAGGCCGGGUGAACUUGAAUUUGAGGCUCUCAUGAGACAGCUGGAUAAUGCGGGUUUUCGCACUGGACACGUCUAUAAAAAUCCCAUUAUAAAGCAGGAAAAGAAAGACAGGUGUAACAGUUCGGUGGAAGUGCCCCCAGCCUCUAGUUCAUUUACUUAUGUCUUUGACGGAGACUACGAACACUCCAAAUAUGCGUCACCAUUAAAAUCAGCACUGGAGAGACAGAAGCAGGCUUACAAAGCUGGCUGGCUGACGUCUCCAAACACCUAUAAGAAACAAGAGAUAGAUGAAAUAGGAACUCCAACCCCUAAGAAAAUAACCAAGUGGGUUCCUGAAGAUGAACAACCCGGUCACACUAGCACUCCUAUCAAGUUAGAAAGUCCAAAUGUCUUUGCCCCACAGGGCGAGAAUCCGAAAGAGUUCAGAGACACACAAAAGAGAAUAAAGAAAGAUUACUAUGAGGACAAGGUCACUGCUGGUCCACAGUCCAAAGUUCUUGAAGGUCUUUCCUGGGAUGAAGCUCAACAACAAAUGAAGGAUGGAAACCUGAGCGGGACGUCUGACCACGUGAUUGUCGUGGGCGCGGCGUCUAAAGGCAUAAUUCAGCGGGACCACCAACACAACGCUGUGGUGUACAAGUCGUAUUACGCGGCCAAUCCUUUCGAAGGCGUCACAGAGGAGGAACUCAACAAGUACCAGAAGCAGGUCAAGAAUGAACCAGUUGAAGAAGAUCUUGAACCUGGGCCUGAAGGUCGCAUCAUCUCGACAGAGGAGCGCAUGCAGAACCUCAACAAGUCAUCUGAAGAUGUGGAAAUCUCGCCGCGGCCGGCAGAAACUAGCGUACGCGAUGAAGUGAAUGGGCAACCACAGAAGUCGCCUGCAACAGAAAAAGCUCCUCCCAUUCCACCAAAGCAAGGCAGGUCAAUGGAGAACCUGCUAACCGAAGCUGAUUAUGCAUGUAUGGGUGUGCAUAGCACCAAUCAGACUCCAGAAAGUCGACCUGUGGCUGUUCAGAGGUCAAAGUCGGACCGUCAACCGGUGAGAAAUCCCGACAUGAUUCAAGAACUUGAGAAGAAAAAUUUGGAAAGGUCACGAUCGGACCGACGGAGAGAUGACGAGAUUGCCGUGAAUGACAAGCCUGGCUCACCCGCCAAGUCGGACACACUGCGGUCGACAGAUAGUGCUAGUGGUGGGGAGACACUCGAGGAGAGAAGCAGUAAAGAGGGCUCUCCAACAAAGGAGGCUGCUUCUCCAACCAAGGAUAAGAAGAAGAAGAAGAAGUUUCGAAUGCCGUCAUUCUCGAAGAAAAAGAACAAGGAGAGUAAAGAAAGUGCCAUCUGAUUGGACCAUUUUACGGGCCAUUUCCAUGGAAACAACAUUCAGCCUGCUUCUUUCAUAAAUUGAAUGGAAAGUGUCAGUUUUUUUUUUUUUUGCUUUGGACACUUUUCACAGAUGUGGCAAGACCGGAUAGUUGUUUUAAUGUGCACUUUUCCCUCGAAAAGUAAAGAUAUGAGAGAGGGGUAAAGCAGAUAUUUUACAACAAAAAAAUUAUUGUGACUUAUGUACUUGUUGUCUGCCUUUGAGUUUAGCGACGGUCUAUGCAUUUUAGUUCAUUUUUACCAUUCAGGUAACAUCAUGUUUUAUAUCCAUUCACUUCUCCCAUUCAGUGGACCAUGAAGAAAGGUACAUUUCGUAAAGCUGCGUGUUUCAGUGACUCCCAUCGUAUCGUGUGCACCCGUGUAAACCCCUAUCACAUGCCACGGCUGUGUUGUUGCUUCAGAUUCUAGUUGUUGCUAUGGAAACCUCACAGUUUCUGCCAAGUGAAAACUGGUGCUUCCAACAAUUUGCUCGAAGAUUUUUUUUUUUUUUUACGCUUUUAGAAUUCAUAUGUAUACUUGUUUUUUUGUCUUAAUUUUAACAAAUGUAUUCUGCUUCUAGGAACAUAAUAAUUCCAUUGAGCAACUUUGUUAUUUACAUUUGGAGACUGUUGAGAAAAAUAUUGGUAAUUUGGUUACAAAUUUUAGUUUUGGAUUUUCACUGCAAAAGGGGGAAAAUAUGAACAUUAGAUCUGGCAUGGUGUUAGGAAAACAAGGAUGAUAACAUGUUUGAAAACUGCAACCUCCACAGCCGGGUCCAGUUUUAACUAUUAUUUCUUUGUAAAAACAUUUUUAACCAGUGUAUAUACAUAUAUAAAAAUAAACUUUAUAAGAUGUUAAUUAAUUUCUGACAGGCAUAUUUUUACAUUUCUGAGCUGUAUUUAAAAAUACUGAGGAAAUGAUUGUCAUUUUUGUCAAUUCUUCAUUAUUAUAUUUCAUCCAUUUCGUAUAUUUCAAGAUAUUGAAGUGAAAAGCAACAGGGCUAACUUAAGGGUUGAUGUCGAAAUGACAUACGUCAAACUAAUGUUGUUGGCAGAUGAUUUUCUUUAGAUUGCUAAUGUUAUAAGAUGAGUUCUUUUAAGUGACUGAUCACACAUUUUGACCCAGCAUAUAAUCUGGUAUGAUUCAUCAAGUAAACAAGAACUACAUCAUAACACUUGAGACAUAAACAUUAUCAUUGCAGUAACUGGUCGGCUGAUUAUAUAAUGUGAACUAAUUACAGUAACAAAUAAAAGUGAUUUUUUGACCUUUCGACACUGCAAUUGAAGUGAAAGUAAUGUUCGGUAUGGGGAGAAGUCCACUUUGAUUUUUAACAUACAGUAAUGCCACAAAGUGUUUCAUGUCAUCUUCAUUUUCAUACACUUGCCAGACAAUAACUUCUUCAUAGAGUGCUUGCCAUAAAUCCUUUUACUCUUCCCAUUCUGCUGAAGUUUACUGUUGUCAAUCUUAACAUACAGGCACAUAUUUCAGAUCUUUUCAAAAUCUUCUGUCCUAGUAAAUUUUAAAGUCUGGAGUUUAAUAUAGAUAUUUUAAUUUUUUUUUGGUUGGCUUAAGAAUUUUCAUGCACAGCUCUCAAAAAGACAUGGUACAAACAGACAUUCCAAAAUGCUGAGGAAAUAUCUAAUAACAUCAGUCUUGUAACACUUUUAGCAGAGCAUCUGAUUUCACCAUCAUGAGCUUGCAGGAUAUUUCGUUGUUUACAUACCUUGAGAGUCUUAAUUUCUAUUUCGCCAAACCAGUGUGAGAAAGUCCAGGAAAAUAUUUUGCCAUGUAGGUGUUGUAAAAAGAAGCUGCAGCUUACUAUUAUUGAGCCCAGUUUCUCCAUUCAGAUGUAAAAAGUGCAAUUACCAUUUCUUGUUUGUAGAUACUAUUAUGUCUUUGUGUUAUUUAAUUCUCAGAUGUUACUAAUAAUACAUAAGUGACAAAUUACAGUUUCGUCGUCAUACUGAAUGCAUUGGAGUCGAAACUUAAGUUUGUGGCUGUAGAGUGGUGACUAACCCUUCAAAUGCUUAAACCUGAUUACGAGUUGCCAUGUAGAUGGUAGUGGCCCAGAGGUAAAAGAUCAAAUGGUUAACCCUUUAACUCUUAAUGUCACAUUUCUAUUCUCUUGAUGUGAGCUACUUUGAGAGUAGUUCACAGAGUUGAAAUAAAAUAGAUGCAUAUAAUGUAGAAAUGUGUAUUAUGUGUUUAAAAAACCCAGAUGCAUUUAGCAGGUAGAUGUAUUUCUCACAGUUUGUGUAAUCCUAGAAAAGAUGAAGGUACAUUUUUAACAUUUUAAUGUCUGGCAGAGGUUUUAUAUUUGAAGGGUUUUUUAGGUUUGGAAUUUGCGGGACAUCAGAAGUUGAAAAUUUUGUGGCCUGAAAGAAGUUUGGCAUUUUAAAGGUGGUAAAAGGCUGUAAGUGGUGUUAGAUAUUUUAAGGUUAGAAGGUUUGGUAUUUCACGGGUUGGUUCAAAAUACAGUCAGACUUUGUUUUCAUGCAGAUGAAGGGACUGGACCUAUCUAUUUUAAAUAUUGAUGAUCAAUAUUUCUUUCAUUUUAGUGUUGGCCUCUUUUUUUUUCUUCUUUUUUUUCCUUCUUUUCUUUUUUUUCUCCCUGUGACCCCUCUCCAAGACAUUACCGUUUCAAAACAAGAUUAUAAUAAUUAUGGAAUAAGAACAGAAGAUACAUAGUAUCAUUUUCAAUUGAUUUUUGUUCUGCUUUUAAUAUAUCUUGCAGGUCAAACUGGAGGAGGGGGUGGGGAAUUAAAUUCCUCAAGAAACAUCCGUCAAAUUGCACAAGGGAACAAAAUAUUUAUUGGCAAUAGUAAAGUAUUCGAGAUAAUCCAAUAUUGACAUGCAGUUUGACAACAUCAAGUUUUAUAAAUUGUGUGACUGGCUAUAUCUGUCAAAAUGUCUGGGCCAUUCAAGAGAACGAAGUUUGACUGUACGUGUAGAUGUAGAUAUUUCUUCUCACUGCCACUAUUUAAUUAGUAUUAAAUUCUGGCACCUAGUUUCUGCUCAAUAAGCUGAGCUGCCCUCCCCUCAGCAGUGUCAAACUGAUGUUUUAUCAUAUAACAAUGUUUAUGUACCGUAGGCUAUUUAUAAUCGAAUAUUGUUACCGUUACGUAGAUUCAAGUUACACACAUUUACUUGUACCAUUAUAGUGUUAGCGUGCUGCUUGUCAACUUGUAAAUACUGUAUGCCAGCUGUUUACAACAGUUUGUAAAUAUUUUCCACAUCCAGCAUGUUUGUAUUGACGCUGGUUUAAGUUGUCGGUUGCAUGGAAACGUACACCAUGAGCAUGUUUUUAUUGGAAACUGACAAAAAUGUAAUUUUAUCAGUCUUUAUUACAAUACUAGUAUCCAUAAAUUUACAGUUGUUUUAGCAAAUUAUAUUUUAUUUGUAUUGUUUUUUUUUAAUAAAAUAAAAAUUCUUUUUAGUAUUGCUAGCCGAGGAAUAGACCUAAAUCUUAUGUUAAAACCAUAAACUUGUAUAUAUAUAUAACUACAAAACUUUGUAUUUAAUGUUCCUUUUAAUGCAUUCUUGACGAAAUAGAUGCUUCUAAAAUAAUGGGGGGGAAAAACAACAAACGCUACUAUUGUACAUUGUAUAUUUUCUUGGCUAUUUGCAUCUUUAAAAUUGUUUAUUUACGUUUUUCAUUUCGAUAUGGCCCUACCAUGUCAGAAUGGUUUUUAGAGUUGUUUUAGUGACUACUGUAAAUUUUGUUGAUGCUUCUAUAAAAUGAAGUUAGAUGGUGCAAUCUUUUAACAUGAUGUAAUGUUGAGUUUUAAGAGUUUGUGUAUUUGCUGACAAUACGUGGUUGUGACGGUGUGACAAGAUUGUAUACCUUUUAAAACAUGUAGGAGCUUUUAUUCUUUUUUUAAGUCAAAGUUUUAUUUAAUCAACUUAGGAGCAGCUAGUUCUUAAUGAGACAUUACAUUUCCAUGUCUGUCCUGUUUCUUGGCUAUGCUAGGUGUUCCUGUGGACAAACUUCGACCUAUCCAUGAUAACUGGGAUAUCUUUGAUAUUUUUGCAAACAUGAGCUUUUUAGUCUGCCUGUAAUGCUGUGUCAAUAAAUAUGUUAAAAUACUA